AUGAUGGAUUCCAGCAGGCUCGUGCCCCUCGCCGAGGCCGUCCACGACUCUCUCGUCGAUGGCUCGCACCCGCAGCUCCUGCGGGUGGCACAGGGGGCGGCCACGGCGCUGGACGUGCCUGCAGCGGACGCCGCCCUGGCGGCGUUCCAGGUCCUGGCGCCCCUCGCCCUGCAGUGGACGCUGGACGCCCGCCGCGGCGGCGGGGCGGGCGCCGACGACGGCGGGCCGUCCCCGCGCAGGGAGCCCUGCCUGCGGGCGCUGGCGCGGCUGCUGUCGGGCGAGCGGCCGUCGGUCUCGGGAUGGCUGUGCCUGGGCUCCUUUGCCGCCGCGCUGGCGGCCUGCGACGUGCGGCGGAGCAGGGGCUGCCUCACGUGGUGCAGCGUGUGCGCCACGCUGCGCAUGCUGCUGCGGUGCUGCUGCCGGCCCUCGCUGGAGCGGCAGCAGCAGAGCUUGAGGUGGACGCCCGUCCACCUCCUGCUGCUCCACGUCUGCGCCUGCGGGAUCCUCUGCGCGCGCUGCUCCGGGGCGGUGCCGAGGGGCCUGGAGGAGAAGGACUUCCACGUGGCCCUGUACUGCCUCUGCGCGCUGCUCUACUGGCAGGUGGACGCGCGCGACCCCGCCUCGCUCGAGCCGGCGAGGUGGGGCAUGCUGCAAGGGAAGGACGCUUGCGACAGCCCGUGCGAUGUGUGCUACGUGCACCACCAGGGCGAUGGUGGCUCCGAGCCGGGUGCGGCGACCGCGCGGGUCCUGGAGCUGCUGCGGCCCCACCUCGGCGGCGACGGCGGCGAGGUCAACGUGAAGUGUUUCCUUGCCGUGGGCUGCGCCAAGGAGACCUCGCAAGUGUGCUGGCCCUGGGCGGAGGACGGGGAGAUCGGCAUCGGCACAAGCCUGAGGAUGUCCGAGGAGACGAAGGUCUUCAAGCACUCGGCGGACAGGGCCAGCGAGGAGCAGGUGUGCACAGUGAACAGGGGCGACCACCUCGAGGCCGUCGGCCCCGCGGAGAAGCUCGACGAGCACACCUUCCGCAUACCCGUCAAGAGAGGCCGGGCGAUCAAGCUGGACACCAGCAGGACCAACACGCGCCUGCAGCUCAACAGGCACGAGCAGCGGCAGGUGCAGGAGAUGAGCGACGUGUGCUUCAGGCUCCUCGGCAUCGUGGCGCCGCUGACGGCGGCCUCGCUCCUCGCCUGGGCGUGGUCGGGGCCCGUGGCCGCCGCGCUGGUGCUCGCGCUGGCCCUGGCGCUGAACGGGCCCCCGCCCGAGAGACCCCUGGUGGACUGGAGGGCGGCGUGGGCCACGUACCAGAGGGCGAUCCGCAAGGGUGAGGAGGUGAUGCACGCCGCGACUGUCGUAGAGGUCGGCUCCAGGUGUGGCGACGCGCGCCAGCGCGUGGCGCUGCGGAUGGAGUACAACGUGCUCUCCGAGAUGCUAUCCGAAGAGACUUGCAAAUGUUUCCCUCGCGAGGGCAGGCAUGGCAACGACUGCGGCGCCAUCGUGACGAUUCAGGGUGGCAAGGGCGUGGACAGCAAGUUCCCGAGGGUGGUCUAUCAGGACGUGGACGCCAGCAAGUACAAGCUGCUCGACACCGUCAUGAGCCGUGCAGAGCUGGAGUCGCGACUGCAGAGCGCCCUCACGGGCAUGGCUGUUCGCGGGAGGUCUUACAACGUCUGUCCAGAUGCUGGUUCUAUCAAUUGUAUGGUCUAUUCCAUGCUACCGUUGCUCGCAAUGAUGCCCUCCAAUUGGAACCUGUGCCUGUUCUCACAGUGCCUCCCGGCACUGCCAACCUUCGAGUUGAUUCAAAGGGUAUGGUCGGCUCGUGCCCUGGGCGCCAGGGGCCAGCCAGACCAGCCGUUCCCAUUCGGCGGCGAGCCCGGGAGGAACCGAGAGGGGGCAGGCCUUUUCAGAAGGUGGCAGAGCUUCUCGGAAGCCCCCGCGCCUCCCGAGGAGUCUCCCAAGCCUUCUCCGAAGGCGGGCGGAACAUUUCUCAGAAGGCUGGAAGGCUUCGCAGAGGCCCGGCCGCCCUCCGAAAUGCCUGCGUCCUCUCGCUUCCCACGUGGGCUCGGCGCCGAUCCAUGGUUUGCGUUCUGCUGCUGGUUCCCCUUCGCCCUGACGCACAAGUUCCAGGCCGAGGGAGGCUCGCUCUCCUCGCGCGUUGGAGUGGGCCUGCACGGGCUCUGCCUGCGCGUCUUCGAGGGCCUGGGCUUCACCGUCCAGCGGCUCAUCCGCGGUGGGCAGAAGAGGGGAGGGAAGAAGACCUACCCGUGGGCGUACAAGGACAAGAUCGAACGCAUGGCUACAAGCCUCAUGAUGUGCGUGUGGCUCUUCAAGGCGUUCACGUACGUUCUGGUGCACCGCACCGGGUUCAGCACAUUGGAUCUGCUGCAGUCGAGGGUAAAUUAUUCGGUGUUGUUGGUUCUUGCCACCGAGCUUUUCUCACGGUGCGUCUUGUGCCAAUUUGUGCGCCCGGCCCAUGAGUUGCGGAGUUCUCUCUGCUGCUGCUGCCGGCACAGGACAAGGAAGCGCAGCCUGGGGCAGCAGGGCAGCCAGGACGAGGGGCCACCGCCCGCCAAGCGGCGGCGCUCGUAG